AUGAAGUUCCACAGCCUGUUGAUCAACUUCUUCCUGGCGGUCUCUGUGGCGGUCGACAUGUACAUCACUUACCCGCCAGGCUACCACACACGUGGCCAACAGCCCAAAGCCGGUAUUCUCCAUCUGACGGACGUGCUCGGGCUGCCGCUUCUUGAGAAUCUCCUGCUGGCAGACAGUUUCGCCCGCGCGGGCUACGUCGUCGUGGCGCCCGACCUGUUCGCGGGCAAGCCGGCGCCCGACGACCACGACCGGCCGGACCUGGGCUUCAGCGUCAUCGAGUUCCUGGACGCGCACCCGCCCAACGUGACGGAGCCAGCCGUCGACGCCGCCGCUCGCCACCUUCGCGGCGCCCUGGGCGUGGCGCGCCUUGGGUCCGCCGGCUACUGCUUCGGCGGCCGCUACGCGUUCCGUUACGCGUCCGCGGCCAAGCACGCCGCCGGCCUGGGCGUCGACGUCGUGGCCACGGCGCACCCGACGCGCGUGACCGACGAGGAGAUCGUGGGGCGGGUCGGGCCUGCGACCGUUGCUGCUGCCGAGAACGAUCCGUUCUUGAUGCCGCCGAAGCGCAGGUGGGAGAUUGAGACGGCGCUGCUGUCGACCGACGCCGCAUCUUCCUUGGCGCUUUACUCGGGCGUGGCCCAUGGCUUUGGCGUUCGCGUCAACAUGUCUGACCCCGAGGCCAGGUUUGCUAAGCAGGCCGCCUUUGUUCAGGCCGUCCGCUGGUUUAACUACUGGCUCUGA